AUGGCGGGCGACCGUCCCCUUCCCGGCAGCCUCCCUCGGGGUAGGGAGCGCGUCAUUUCCGGCAAGCACUGCAACUUCGACUCGGAGGAGAGGAGUAGCUGGUACUGGGGGCGGUUGAGCCGACAGGAGGCGGUGGCGCUGUUGCAGGGCCAGCGGCACGGGGUGUUCCUGGUGCGGGACUCGAGCACCAGCCCCGGGGACUAUGUGCUCAGCGUGUCCGAGAACUCGCGCGUCUCCCACUACAUCAUCAACAGCAGCGGCCCGCGCCCGCCGGUGCCACCGUCGCCCGCUCAGCCUCCGCCCGGCAAGCACUGCAACUUCGACUCGGAGGAGAGGAGUAGCUGGUACUGGGGGCGGUUGAGCCGACAGGAGGCGGUGGCGCUGUUGCAGGGCCAGCGGCACGGGGUGUUCCUGGUGCGGGACUCGAGCACCAGCCCCGGGGACUAUGUGCUCAGCGUGUCCGAGAACUCGCGCGUCUCCCACUACAUCAUCAACAGCAGCGGCCCGCGCCCGCCGGUGCCACCGUCGCCCGCUCAGCCUCCGCCCGGGGUGAGCCCCUCCAGACUCCGGAUAGGAGAUCAAGAGUUUGAUUCAUUGCCUGCUUUACUGGAAUUCUACAAAAUACACUAUUUGGACACUACAACAUUGAUAGAACCAGUUUCCAGAUCUAGGCAGAGUAGUGGAGUGAUUCUCAGGCCAGAGGAGGCAGAGUAUGUGCGAGCCCUCUUUGACUUUAAUGGGAAUGAUGAAGAAGAUCUUCCCUUUAAGAAAGGAGACAUCCUGAGAAUCCGGGAUAAGCCUGAAGAGCAGUGGUGGAAUGCGGAGGACAGCGAAGGAAAGAGGGGGAUGAUCCCAGUCCCUUACGUGGAGAAGUAUAGACCUGCCUCCGCCUCAGUAUCGGCCCUGAUUGGAGGUAACCAGGAGGGUUCCCACCCACAGCCACUGGGUGGGCCGGAGCCUGGGCCCUAUGCCCAACCCAGCGUCAACACUCCGCUCCCUAACCUCCAGAAUGGGCCCAUUUAUGCCAGGGUUAUCCAGAAGCGAGUCCCUAAUGCCUACGACAAGACAGCCUUGGCUUUGGAGGUCGGUGAGCUGGUAAAGGUUACGAAGAUUAAUGUGAGUGGUCAGUGGGAAGGGGAGUGUAAUGGCAAACGAGGUCACUUCCCAUUCACACAUGUCCGUCUGCUGGAUCAACAGAAUCCCGAUGAGGACUUCAGCUGAGUAUAGCUCAACAAACAGUUUUGCUGACAGAUGGGAACAAUUUUUCUUUCCUCCCCCAGUUGACAUCUAUACAAUUUUCUUACAGGUAUCAAAACAGUCUAGUUUAUGUAAGCAUUCUGUUACCUGUGAUCUUUUUUAGAUUGAACUACUCCAUUCCUACUCUUAUUUACCAUGUUCAGGGUACGAAACUGGAGGGCUUGUAUGGUUAACUUCUGAAUUGGCAAUUUUUGAUGAUAUUGGUCCUGCCUGUAUCAGAAGGGAUAGGUAUCUUGCCUCCUUUCAGGCAGUGGAGAUCAGCUUGUGGAAAACUGAUGAACACUGCUUACCCUGAAUUGUUCAGUAGUUCUUUCAUUCUGAAAUCAUGCUAUCAAAUGUUCCCUUCCACCCCAUUAAGUAAUGCACCAUGUGAAUAGUAUCCAGUGGGAUUGCAUUUUCAUUUAUGGAACAUGACCAUUGUAUGACAUUUCAAAUCCUGAGAAAGUUCUGAACACUACUAGAAGCAUUUGUCUUCCUUCCCAGUCAUUGCUUCAAGCUUUUUCUUAGGAUUCUUUCAACUCUUACAUUCUCUUCCUUCAGACCUACAAGCAGGUUAAUUCUUAAGGUAAUGUGUGUUUUUUUUC